UUCAAUGCAUUUUUGUGCACGUGGUAGGGAGGGGGUUAAGCACAGCCAGGUAUGUGUAUACUGUACACACCUCCACUCCUCCCUCUCUGCUGUGUACUGUGGUCAGCAGCAGCAGCUCAGAGCUUCCUGGAGAGAGAGACAUGUCUGACCUCUGCCGUCUCUGUUCUUCCCCACUCCGGGGUUCACGGCGCAAGUGGCUUUUUGGGGGCUCUGGUUCUCUACCCAUCCUAUUCUCCCAUGUCCUAAACAUUCCUCUAUCAAGAUCCCAACCAGGAAGUUCUCACAGAUCUCGCCAAGGGAAAGGAAGGCCAGAAGAUGCCGAGUUUCUCUGUGGCAAGUGCUGUCAUUCUCUCAGUAUUUUUCAUCGAUAUGACCUUGUAUUGUCUCGUAUGCGCCAACUGUAUUCGCAAAGAUCUGCCCUUCUUUUUUCUGAAAGGGAUAAGUUGUCCCUCACCUUACGUACCAUCCAUGCAAGGGCCUGGGGUCUUCCUCUUCCAGAUCCUCAUGAAAGGAUUCAUCCUAGGUUUUCUGGUUCUUGUAAUGAUAUUAACACAGCUGGCUAUCAUAAUUCUUACUAUAAUACCCUUUCUCCUGGAUAUCAGAAUUCAUGUCCCAGCUCUCCUUUUCCCGACCGUCUGAGCUCUUUUCAUGGGUCUUUAGGCUCUCUUUCCUCUGGGUCACCCACAAAGACUUAUCAAAAUCUCUUGGAAAAAGACCGUUCGUUAUGGGAGCAUGAGAGCUGGUGGGAAGACAGGGGAGUAACCUGCCAACGUUGUGCUAAAGGAGACAAGUGCCAUUCUUGCUCAUCCUGGAGAGUUUCGGAUGCCAACUAUGAUGUUGUCUGUACUGUUCCUCGGAGGCGUAAACAUAGUAGAGGAGAUGGAGGGCAAAGUGACAUCUCAGGCUUGCUUAGGAGCAAGUCUCUGGGGAGUUUUGGUGGAGGCAGUAGCAGGGGUUCUGUCUUAUCAUUUUCUACAGCCUCUCUGGAAAGGUUGUCCCUUACAGGGGAGGAAGAAGUUUGGGAACCACCUUCCCCUGCUAUGUCUUCUCCUCCUCGUUCCUCAUCCCCUUCACCAGUGUUGUGUGAGGCACUGAGGAACCUCAAGACGAUAACAUACAGUCCUGUGAAGACCCCAACUCGGAGUAAGAUACCUGUGAAGAAAAUUGGUCAAAGUGAAUCAGGCCAUGUGUCCAGAAACAGCAGAACAGACGAAGAUCUGAGACCGGAAAAGUUACCUGAAGAAGAAGAAAAAGACACUGAUUGGGAUGUAUAUAUGGCCAUUGGAUCUGAGGUUUGCAGAACCCAGGUCUCUCGCUCCCUACGUAUCAAGAACACAUUAACAUGGUUACAGACUCAACUGCAGACAGCCCAGAACAAGUCUACAGGCCAAGAAAAACAGGAUUCCCCUACAGGGCAGGAAGAGCUGGUUCGGGAACUCAUAAGAAGCUUAAACUGCAAAGAAGAGGUGUUAGAGGACUGCCUAAGUCUGCUACUGAACCUUCAGCUGACCUCUGACACUGGGGAACCACAGACAAACGUUAAUGAGAUCCUGAGGAACCGAGAACAGCAGUUGAAGGCCAAAGAGGCGGCGUUGGCUGAGGAAACGCGCCAGAGAGAGGCAGAGGUUGAACGUCUUCAUAAGGAGCUGAGAGACAGAGAAGAGGAUGUGGGGAGACUGGCAAAAGUGUUGCGUGAGAAUCAGGCGACCAUUACGGCCCUGCGCGAUCUGCUGGGUGAGAAAGACUUUACAAUUCAGCAGUUAGAGAUUGCUUUGGAUUCUGCUGUGCGGUCUGCUGCCUCACAGGACUCUCUGCGCGUGUCUGCGCUGCGUGAGAAAGACUCGCUGAUCACCGCUAUCCAGAGUGCGCUGAGCAGUAGUAACCAGGAUGUAGAGGCUCUGGCAGACUCCCUCCUCUCACAGGGUCUGGAUCACCUGGGGGGAUCACCCAUUUCCGAGUCGACCUCUAACCCCCUCCUAGCGCAGCUGCAGGAGAAAGGACGUCUCCUCUCCCAGGCCCUCUCAGACAACCAGCAGCAGAGUGUAAAGAACCAGCGAGACAUCCAGGAUCUGCUCAACGCUCUUGGGGAGAGCCAGACCCUGUUGCAGAAACAGCUACAGCACUGCAAGGAUCGUCUGCAGACUGGAGCGCAGGAGCAGAAGACGCUGCGCAAUGCUCUGCAGACGAAGGAGAACCAGCUAAGAGAAGAGAAGCAGAAAUAUAUCCGCGAUACGCAGCAGGCACAGACCGAGCUGGCUCAGCUACACGGUGCAGCGCAGGAGAGAGACCAGGUCACACAGAAGCUGCUGCAGGACGCUCAGAGCAGAGACCAAACCAUAAAGAGACUGCAAGAAAGACUGAACCCCGGGGGCAUGAAGGGAACAUUACAUGGAUGUAGACUCCCAUGAUCUCAUCAGUCAUGUGACCACAAAUACUCUCUUACCAUCAUUACCUGUUUACACAAGAAAGAUAACAGCUGAGCUGAUGUCUGUCCUUGCACACCCUCAUUAAAAUUCAAAACGGGUAUUGCAUAUAUAUAUAUAUGUAACCGGUUCCUAAUGGGCGUUUAACGUGCAGCUGCUCUCUGUCUCCCCCUGCUGUUCUUGUUGCAGAACCAUUUGCCCUGUGUUGUACACAUUAACUCACUGAUAGUGGCUAAAUCAUAUAAUUAUUUUAUUGUAUUGGGUUUUUGUAGAUACUGGCACCCACAUAAUUAUUUAUAAUCUAUAAUUGGUGUAUACUAUAUGUUCGCCUGCAGUAUUUGCCUAUGGCUGGCUGAUUGCUACACACAGGACAGGAAAUAAUCAAAGUAAAAAAAAUUCUGUGUUGUUCGUUACUGAAAUACUUUAAUAUUAAGUCAUAAAAGUAAUUUUGGAUGAUCCUAUUGCCUUAUACACAAAUGCUAAAAAAUUAACACAUUUUACUUGCCUAUUCCUCUCACUGCCAUACUCGCAGGUAACUGAGAAAUGUAUUACUAUAAAACUCCUGAUGCUGCCAUACUCCGAUAAUGAAAAUGUAUUACUCUAAUACUCCUAUUUUUAUAUACACAUGCAUUCUCUAAUAUACCUAAGUAAUAGCACAUUAUAGUAUUGCAGUAAAUAGUCACACUUCCACUGCAAAUGAAAGGGUAAUAUCAACCCAAUUAUUUUGCAUAUUUUUACUGCCAAAUAUAGUUAAUCUAACAUUUCAAUUUGUUACCUAAUGGUUCUGUUCUGUUAUGCAAAUAAGAGAUUGAACAUUACAAGGAUUGGGCAAAGCAAGUCCUCACUGCCAGAUACAGUAAAGGGACAUUAUAAGGUGACCACUAUCACCAUAACAAAUGUUUUUUCCCAUUUAUCAAGUUAACAGAAUACUAUGAAAUUAUUUUUUUUAUGAUCAGUUUCUAAUGUAAAUAGAUCAAUAAUACUAAUAACACUGCCAUAUUUCAGAAUAAUAGUAUAUUAAAGGGGCAGCCGCAUUAUUGUAUGACCUUUUUAUUACAAUAACUUUCUUUUUGACUGCCAAACACGGGUAAUAAAAUAUAUUACGUUAUACAAAUACUUAUGUUAUUGCCUCACUCUCAAGCAACAGAUACCAAUAAUACUACUUCAGAUAAUCUAGUAUUUGAGAUAUAUUCCUUGUUUCACUGCCAAUUGUUCAAUAUUAUUUCAUAAUUCGGUGCAAAUUGCAGAAAUUAAUUAAAAGAUAAAUACCAAAAUCUUUAUUUUGUGUAUACAUUUAUAACUAGGUAUUUGCAAAAAUACUGAAUUAGAAUCUGGAGCAGAAUUAGGGUGUUUCAGAAGUUUUUAACUUAAUCAUUAUAAACUUGCUUAGUAAUCAGAAUAAUAUGGUAGGUGACUGACAUCUGUUGCAGAAGUAAUACAUCUAUUUGUCAUUCUGCGUAACACACUAAUACUUAGUGUAUAACAGUCUGUAAUAAAAUCGUAUUACAGCUAUACAGAUUACCUAUAUGUCAAAGGGACAUUAAAUAUCUCUUCUUUUUAUGUAAAGGUUGUGCUUUUUCUCACCUUCCCUAGAGUGGCUAAAAACAAAAUCUGUAUUUCAUGUUUUCAAAAAUGCUGUAAAUCACUUUAAACAGCUAUUAGUUUUACAGCAUUUGUAGGUUAAUAAUUUUGCUUUUUGGCUCUUUAGGGAGCGUGGGACAAGCUCAAUUUUUUUCACACAGAAUGUCCUUUUCUUGAUGUAUAACUAUAUAUGUAUUGACUAUAAAAAUACAUUUUAAAGGGAUGUUAAACAGUGCUCCUGUAAAAAUAAAUAUGUUAAGUUCAAGUAAACCUAAAAGAUUUUGUAAAAAAAAACAGCAAACAAGUUACUUGCUUUCUUGCAUAAUAAGCACUUAGAAAUUCUCAGUGUGACAUGGGAGCUGACAUCUUUGAAACUUAGGUUACAUUCUGACUGAUCUAGGCAUGAGCAACUCUGACUCCCUGUUAUCGACACUCAAGUCAAAAUUAAACUUUUAUAAUUUAGAUAGAGCAGCAAUUUUAAACAACUUUCCAAUUUACUUCCAUUAAUAAAAUGUGCACAAUCUAUGUAUAUUUAUACUUUUUGAGUCACUGGCACCUACUGAGCAUGUGCAGGAAUUGUCAGAAUAUACGUAUUUGCAUUUGUGAUUGGCUGAUGGCUGUCACAUGAUACAGGGGAGUGGAAAUAAACAAAUUUGAAAUUUGUCAGAAAAAAAUCUUCUACUCAUUUCAAGAUCAGACUAAGUGCUAUUGCAUUGUCUUUUUUUAUCAUGCAUUUGUUUGUUGAUUAUGCAAAUCUACUGUAUUAACUGGUCCUUUAAUAGUAACCAGCCCAGAAGUUUAUGACAUCAGACUGAGAUGAACCUUCCUACAGAUGCCCCUCCUCCUUGUAAGGCUGUGAUAGGAAGUAAAGGACACUGCACAUAUGUAGGGAAAUAUAAAUAAAAGGUAAAUCCAUUUAAAUAGAUGAAUAAUACACAUUUGCAAUUAUUUCUAUUAAAGGGACAGCCUAGUCUAAAAAAAACCUUCAGAUAAGGCAUGCCAUUUUAAACAACUUUCCAAUUUACUUUUAUCAUAAAAUUUGCUUUGUUCUCUUGGUAGUUGAAAGCUAAACCUAGGUAGGCUCAUAUGCUAAUUUCUAAGCCCUUGAAGACCGCCUCUUAUCUGAAUUCAUUUGACAGUUUUUCACAGCUAGAGGCCGUUAGUUUAUAUGUGCCAUAUAGAUAACAUUGUGCUCAUUCCUGUUAUUUAUGAGGCAGCAAUGAUUGGCUAAAAUGCAAAAGAACUAAAAUAAGGGGGCAGUAUGCAGAGGCUUAGAUACAAGGUAAUCACUGUGGUAAAAAGUAAUAUAAUAUAAUUAAUAUAACUGUUGGUUAUACAAAACUGGGGAGUUGUUUAUAAAGGGAUUAUCUAUCUUUUAAACAAUAAAAAUUCUGGAGUAAACUGUCCCUUUAAGUAUAAGCAACUGCUUAGUGAUUUAUUUAUUACAACAAUGAAACUGACUGUUUAACACCCCUUUAAGUUAAUGAGUAUUAAAAUUACAUGUAUUGUUUGUGCUAUAAUCCACCCUUAGCCAUGGCAGCUAGCCACAAAAAAAAAAACACCAAUGGUGUUGUAAGGUGCGUCAUUCAUCUUACUGCUAUAAACAGUAACACAGUAUCAUUUUUACUUUAGGGGAUAAAAAGGUUAUGCUGUAUUAAAUCUCUCCCUCUUUGGUCUUUCAAUGAAAAAAAAAUGUCAUCAAUAAAUCUCUCUUUUCAUGAUCAUAGACCUGAUUAAGUUAAAGGGACAUUAAUCGUGCAUAAGAGAGAACUCUAAACAUUUAUAAAGUAUUUUUGCAUGCCAAAAAGAUUAAACAUGUGUAUUUUGAAACAAAAUUUUUGGAACAGGAAGCUUUUGUUUGUUCACAACUAGUUUGCAUGAUAUAAGAUUGCUGGAUGAUAACUACUACAGAUCAAUUGUUAGAUUUCACUACAAUCAAUUUUUUUUCUCAUUCACAAGUAAAUUAUAUAUAAAAAAAAUUCACAUUAUGCCAAUUAUAGUUCACUUUGUUAUACAGUCUUCAGAAAUAUAUUUUUUAUUUAAAUUAAUUGUUUUUUAGGAAUUUUUUAAAUUAUUUUUUUAACUCUAAGUAAUUGUGAUUUUGGUAAAAUGUUUAACAUAAUUUGAGGAUGCUUACUUUUUUAAGCUAUAGGGUAUGAGUAUUUAUGAGAAAACAAAGAGAAAUCUGACUAAUUCUGGCAAAAUGCAUAACUAUUUUCUUACUCUUUUAAGUUUAUCCAAAGAACAAUAUUUUAGAAAACGAAUGUUAGUAAUGUUCAGCCUAAAUAAAGGGGCUGACAUUACAUGGGAAGUGUAGUUUCACCUUUGUUGAUUAAAAAGUGACCUUUGUUUCUCUACAAAUGGGUCCAAGGGACAUAAUUUCGGACCUGCUAUAGGUCCUUAAUCAUGUCUAAAUAAUUACAUACAGAUUUGUAUCUUUUAUACUCACUUUAAGGCCAAAAACACACAUCCUAUAACACAAUAUCACCACCAUGUAGAUAAUCUGAACAUUUCAUAUAAGUAAUUUUGUUUGUUAUUUAAUAGGAUGGUUUUGUUAAACAUAAAAAUUAUUCUAAGUACACAAUAAAAAUUAUUUAUGUACUACAUUUUACAAAAAUGUUUUUUGCACAAAUUUUGUACAUAUAUGCUCUUAUUGUGUAUUUUGAGUAUUUUUUUUUUUUUUAACAAAACCAUCAUAUUAAACAACAUAAAGGGAAUUACUCGUAUGCAAUGUCUGUAUUAUCCACAUGAUGGUGAUAUUGUGCCACAGGAUAUGUGUGUUUUCGCAUUGAUGAGAGUAUAAAAUACACACAUCUGUAUGUAAAACCCCAAUUUAUUUCAUGAUUCAGAUUGAGCAUGGCAUUUUCAAUAACUUUCCAAUUUAUUUAUAUUAGCUCAUUUGUUUAAUUCUCUUUGUAUCCUUUGUUGAAAAGUAUAGCUAGGUCGGCUUACAAGCUGCUGAUAGGUGGCUGCACAUAUUUCCCUUUUGCUAUUGACUUUCAGCUAGCUCCUUAUAAUGUAUUACUGCCCCUUCAACAAAGGAUACCAAGAGAAUUAAAUACAUUUAAUAAUAUAAGUAAAUUGGAACAUUGUUUAAAAUUAGAUGUGAGAAAAUGAAUGCAGAGGGCGGCAUUCAUUUUAAUUUGCUGUUUUGUUUUUUUGCACUGAUGUGGGACAUACAAUCAAGCUGCCAUUUAAACAGGGUACAAAGACACAGAUGAUAUUUGAACAGGUUACAUUUGUUGACAUUUUUUUUCUUCAAUGUUUACAGAGAAUACAAACAAGUUGUACUACCCAAAAAGAGCACUACAAGUGUAUACUAUCCAGCUCUCUAUUAGUUUUUAAUUUCUGAGUACUCCUCCCAAUGCUAUGUAACUGCUAUAUGGGUUUUCUGGAAAAUACAAAUAGUUUUUUUACUUGGAUGUACUCUUUAUUUUUGUAUGCAAAAUGCCCUAUGGUUUACAAUGUUUGUAAUUAAAGAGCUAUUUUAGCAAUACAAUUAAAUGCACUCAUUUGUUAGUGCAUGCCAUUGUAUCACUAGUGACACUGUAAAUAGGUUCAACACACACUGCUUGGGACCCACAGAGCACUGCUGGUCUUGAGUGGAAACUCACGCUUAUGUAAUAGACAGCCCUACUAGCACAAUGCAGCUGUGUAACCAACGCUGCUGAUUGGAUCAAUGGCAGUUUUCGCUCUGCGGCCCCCAAGCUGUACUUUAACUGUGUGUUUAACACAUUUUCAGGGGUUAAACACACUGCUUUGCUGAGUCUCUAGUGAUAAAAUGACAUGCACUAAUGAGUUAGAGAAUUUCAUUGUAUCCCUAUAUUGGCUCCUUAAGACUUUCAAUUACUGUCUUUGGGGUUUAAUUAACUGCAGUAAAUAAAGACCAUUCUAUUCUGUAAAAUAA